AUGGCGCAGUCGGUUAACAUCACCGAGCUGAAUUUGCCGCAGCUAGAAAUGCUCAAGAACCAGCUGGACCAGGAAGUGGAGUUCUUGUCCACAUCCAUUGCCCAGCUCAAGGUGGUUCAGACCAAGUAUGUGGAAGCCAAGGACUGUCUGAACGUGUUGAAGAAAAACAACGAGGGGAAAGAAUUACUUGUCCCACUGACGAGUUCUAUGUAUGUCCCCGGGAAGCUACAUGAUGUGGAACAUGUGCUUAUCGAUGUGGGAACUGGCUACUAUGUAGAGAAGACAGCUGAGGAUGCCAAGGACUUCUUCAAGAGGAAGAUAGACUUCCUUACCAAGCAAAUGGAAAAAAUCCAGCCAGCUCUUCAGGAGAAGCAUGCCAUGAAACAGGCUGUCAUGGAGAUGAUGAGCCAGAAGAUUCAGCAGCUCACAACCCUGGGAGCAGCUCAGGCUACCGCCAAGGCCUGA